CGCUUCGAUGGGUGCAACUACGCGAUGAAAUGCAAAUGUCUAUGGCAUCGGAAUCGAGGAUAAUUAUGUAGUUGGAUGCAUCGACCAUGACCUUGUCGUAUCUGGUGUCCACAGCUGGAUAUUCGAGAGAGCAGAAUGAGUCGUAUCCGCACGAUAUCACAAGCAUUGUCCAGUUAAUUGACGAGGGAGCCAACGAAUUCGAGGAUGAGCCUGUCGUCGGGUUCGCCCGUCUGACAGAUCCUGGAUGGGUCUGUGAUCGGUAUUCUUAUCGGUACAUCUCGAGAUUGGCCGAUGGGCUGACCACUGCCUUGGAAAUGAAACCCGUUUCUGACAAUCCUACCAUUGGUCUAUUAUGCCCCAGCAACCUCGACUUUUUAGUGGCAUGGAUUGCGCUCAUGAGACUUGGAUACGGGGUCUUGUUUGUUGCACCUCAAUGCUCGCCGUCCGCCAUCGCUUCGCUGUUAGAGAGCACAAAAUCUGAUCAUCUAUUAUACCAUUCCAAGUAUCAGCAGCUCGCAGAACAGGUCGAGUCUCCGGCCAGGGUGACGCUGUUACCCUCACCAACAGCACCUCGCCCUUGCUCUCGUCUGCCGUCCUACAAUCACCUUACUUCCCAUAUCUUCCAUUCCUCUGGGACGAGUGGUAAUCCAAAACCCAUACCGCACAAACAUCAUGUCAGCACCGCCUCUCUACCCCGUCGCGCGCUACCAGAUGAGCCACAUGGUCCACCUCCCGAGCCGGCAGCCUUCACGACGACACCCCUGUUCCACGGUGGCGUGUCAGACCUUCUACGGGCUUGGAUGGCACGAAGUGUGCUGUAUCUCUACCCCACAUCCGAAGUUCCCAUCACAUCUAGGAACGUGUGCCUCGCUGUAGAAGCGUGUAAUCGAGGUGUCGAAACUUCACGCUAUCGGGUCAAUUCGUUUCUCUCCGUCCCCUACAUCCUCAGCACUCUGGCCGACGAUUCAUCGGGAGUUGACUUGCUCAAGCAAAUGGACUUGGUGAGCACUGGGGGAGCGCCACUGGAAAAGGAGACUGGGGACAAGAUGGUCAGGCAAGGCAUCCGUCUGGUCAGUCGGCUUGGAAGUAGCGAAUGUGGAUUCCUGCUCAGUUCGUAUCGGGACUUUGAGCAUGACUUGGAGUGGGAUUGGCUCAGAAAUAAUUCGGCGUACAGCCAGGCUUUGAGCUUCGAACCGAGUCCAAUUCGAGAUGGCCUAUUCGAACUUGUGGUGGGCAACGAAUGGCUGAGCAAAACUAAAUCAAAUCGUCCGGACGACAGUUACGCUACAGGCGAUCUGUACCGACCGCAUCCUUCAAAGCCAGAUGUGUGGCAGUACGCCGGUCGAGGGGACGAUGUCAUUGUGAUGUCGAACGGGGAGAAAGCAACGCCCGGAUUCGUUGAAGAACGCUUGAGGCGAUCCAAGUUGAUUGCAGAGGCAAUCGUUGUCGGAAGCAAUCGACCCAGUUUGGGACUGCUCGUGUUCACCGAUGCGCCUAAGGACCGAGUGAUAGCGGAGCUCCAGCCUAUACUGAACGAGGUCAACCGAGAGCAGCCGAGCUAUGCCGCUAUCCAUCCAGACGCAUGCCUUCUUUUGAGCGGCGUAGCAGCACUCGACAGGAUCCCAAGGGCUAGCAAAGGUACGAUCCAGCGAGGACUGGUAGAUCAAGUGUUUGCUCAGGAGAUUACAAGCAUAUGGCGAGACGAGUCAGAUGAGGAAGCGCAGCGUACAAGAGAGGAGAUUCAAGAAUUUUGUCGGGAUGCUGUGGGGCAGAUGCUGGGCAGUCCGGUGGAUAUCCAUACGGACCUCUUCAAUUCUGGCAUCGACUCUCUCAAAGCGACGAGGCUUCGAUCACAGAUGAUCAAGUUUGUUGGCGGGAAGCCCUCGAUCCCCCUUAACGUGGUCUUUGAGCAAUCCACAAUCGCUUCUCUCGCCGAAUACAUGUACAGCGUCCAGCAAGGCACUUCCGUAUCCCUGUACGAAUUCAAUGAGCACACUCGCAUGCUAGAAUGGGCGGACAAGUAUGGGUCAUUCAGCCAAAGCCAGGGUCCUAAGGCCGGUCUCUCACGGGUUUUGGUGCUCACUGGUGCUACCGGCUCUCUCGGAAGAGAGGUGCUCAAUGCCUUGAGUGACUCCGCAUUUGACCGGAUCAUCUGUUUGGUUCGAGGUGAGAACGACGACGAUGCGCGAGUACGGGUCCAAAAGGCUGUUGGAAGCGACAAUGAUCUGGAUUCGGUCUCCGUUCACGUUGCCAAUUUAGCGAGCAGUGAUCUCGGGCUGGACGCGGCCGUUUUGGACGCGCUUACUGACAGCGAGGUCUCUGUGAUACACGCUGCCUGGCCAGUCCAUUUCGGAAGUAGUCUGCAAUCGUUCGAGGAUAGCAUCAAAGGUCUCCACAAUCUGCUGUCCCUCUACCUACGAUGUGGCUCGCCUAACCGGUUCAUCUUCUGCUCCUCGCUCGCCUCUGUCCUCAGAUCGGAUCAGAAAUCCAUCUCGGAGACCCCAUCAACGGAUCCCUCGACUGCCACUCCCAUCGGCUACUCUCGAUCUAAAUGGAUCGCCGAGCAGAUCUGUGCAAAAGCUCGUGAUGUCCACUCUUCCAUCGUCGUCGCUCGUCUGGGACAAUUAUGCGGAAACUCGAAGACGGGAGUAUGGAACGAGACUGAGGGAUGGCCGUUGUUGCUGAGAACGGCUGAUACAACGCGUAGUCUGCCUCUGCUUGAUGAUGUUGUGAACUGGCUUCCGGUCGAUGUUGCAGCUCGUGUCCUACUUGACCUGGUGCAUGAGGAGCAACCGGACCUGAUAUAUCAUCUCGUCCAUCCAUCCCCUACCACAUGGUCCACUGUCCUGGAUGGCGUAGAGUCGAGCGGCACGUCGUUCGAGCGGUUGCCUCGAUCAGAGUGGCUAGAGCGAGUGGAGCAGAUUCCUGACGAGGACAUUAGCCGAAAAAUGUUGUUUUUAUGGCGCCAAUCGUACGGCGAGGAUAGCCCGUCUUCAGUCUCAUACGACAUUGCUACGACCAACGCGCAGAAGGCCUCUUCCUCCCUUCGCCAACUCAGAGCUUUGCAACCUCGAGACUUUGCCCGAAGCAUCGAGGCGUGGCGCAACACAGGGUUCAUGACGUAGCAUGCAUGAUGAUGAUAAUGAUG